AUGGCAUCCAGUUCAGCGAGUCCCCAAAAAUACCCCCCGGUCAAGCUGCCACACCCUUUUCUUACAACAUAUCGAGUGCAAACAAUUGUCGGAACAACACCGACAAAGCGCAACUUGGUGUUGGAAAAUCAGCCCGCCGAUGGACGUCCUCUGACAGAGCCUUUGCAUCUUGAUUCACUUUCAUGGAUUGACUUGUCGUUUCCUCCCAAGGAUCAAUCUCCUCCCGAGUCCGAUAACAGCGCUUGGGCACGGGCUCGUCGCAGUCCAGCUACCACUUUCGAAUGGACCUCAGAUUGCCCUUCGCUGGGUCAGAUCUGGAACGUGAUCCAUGCAAUCUAUCUCGGCAAUCCCACACAUGAAUAUUUCAGAUUGACUUUCGCCGGUCGAGAUAGCGAUAUUCUUCGCAAAGAACUUCUUACCACCGGACUGGCGAUCGAACACCCCAAGCCGUGGCAUCGUCCCCAGGAUAAGGCGACUUGGAAGUCCGAUGACUUGUUGAUUCUCCGGAGUGCUUUCUGGCAAGGUGCGGCUUCUCCAACAGGCCCUCGCCCGAUAUGGACUGUGGGAGAUGGAACGGAUGGUCCCCUGCGCAAACCUUUGGAUAUGUUCCCUAUCAUGCCCGAGAACUAUCAGAUUACCAUGAAGUUCCCAGAAGAGGCUGUGUAUACCCGCCAUCCCACACGUCGUCCGAAGCCGCACCCAGGAUCUAUUGCCUACAGCCGAUAUAUCCCUGAGGUCGAUCAACACUUUUCUCUCGAGGUUGUCGAUUGGGAAAACCUUGAGCAUUUGAAGCUUUUCAACACCUGGCAAAAUGAUCCACGCGUUGCAAAGGGUUGGAAUGAGACUGGAACUUUGGACGAGCACCGGAAUUACCUCCGCAAGCUGCACUUCGACCCUCACGUUCUUUGCUUGUUCGGACGCUUCGAUAACACUCGAUUCUCAUAUUAUGAGCUGUAUUGGGCCAAGGAGGAUCAUUAUGGCGCUCACUACGACGCCGGUGACUACGAUCGCGGACGCCACUCACUUGUCGGUGACGCAUCAUUCCGUGGUGCUCACCGUGUGAAUGCCUGGUAUUCAAGCUGCAUUCAUUACUGCUUCUUGGAUGACCCACGAACUGUCAACGUUGUGGGUGAGCCAAAGGCCACCGGUGCCACCAUCUUGUCCUAUGAAAAUGCGCAGGGUCUUACGAUCGGCAAGUACGUCGACCUCGGCCACAAACGUUCAGUUCACAGUAUCGCCAGUCGAGAGAAGUGGUUCCAGCUGUGUCCCCUCUUCUGGGACGGGCGCGAGAGGCCCCUUGAAUCUGCUGACCGUGCAGCUUGGAACGCCAAGCUGUAA